UGCUAGCACGCGCUUCGUGUGUUUCAAUUCCAUCCUUUCUUUGUUCUACUAGAAAGCGAUGUAUGAUGUAAUCUAAUGGGUAGAAUUGUGGAGAACAUGAAGAGAAAGAGGAACUAAUGAGAAGGAGAUGAUGACGUCACUUGCUCAGGAGUUUGUUAACAGUGUUUUAUAUCUGUAGUCCUUCAGAUUGGUCAUGAUGUCUGGUGGAGCUCCGGUAACUUUGCUGGUGUAUCGAGCAGACGCGUUGUGGCUGUUUAAUCAAACAGGGUUUUAUGACGUUGACGCGCGAGCUAGCAGAGCUACAACCCGCCACCUCAUACCGUUGUGCUGUGGAGACUAGGCUUAUUAUUCCCAGGAUCACUAAUCUUAUUGUUAUGACUUCGAGGAUCAAUCAGAUUUGCCAAGCCUGGAAUCAGCUUUGGACAAUAUAAGUUGUGCUAGAAGACUAAGUCUAGUAAAUGCAAUAAUGAUUCCUUAUGCCACCUGUGUUUGUUUUGGUUCUCGGAGACGAGGUCCCGGACGGACGCCACUACUAACAAGUACAGAUCAGGAGGAGACCAAUGUCAGUGUUGAAAGAAAAAAGUGUGGAACGCUUUGUAUUCAAGUUUCUGGACGAGAAAGUAAGGACAAAGAACUGAAACUGGAAGAACGACGAAAAUCACUUAAACAUUCGCAAUCUGAGUUGCGUCUUCUCGAGAGUCUGAGUUUAAAUGCGAAAAAACCCAACCUAUUUGGUACGUUUAAAACACUACAACUACCGAGACGUCGUCAUCCGAUAUUAAUACCAGAUAUCCACCAUCAGCCUGGCAUUGACGACUUCUUUAAUGGAAUAGUGCAAGGUAUCCUUGCAAGUUGCCAGAAAUGGGCAUUCAAUACUUUUACGCUAGACAUGGCCACAGGGGGGCACUCGCUGUCCAUAUUGUUACUUCACUUAUUCCACCAAUAUGGACUUAUCAAGGAGUUUCACUUGGAUGUUUUGAAAGUGUGUAAAUGUUUCAACCUUAUCGAGCUGGGUUACCAUGGUGAUAAUCCCUACCACAACUCGGUACACGCAGCAGACGUAGCACAAGCUAUGCAUUGCUUUCUUCAAGAAAACACAAUUGUACAGCAGUUAAGUCCCUUAGAAAUUAUGGCGUCUUUGUUGGGAGCUGUAUGCCACGACAUAGAUCAUCCUGGAGUUAGUCAACCGUUUCUAAUAGCUACUUCCAAUCAUCUAGCUGCUCUGUAUAAGAAUUUCUCAGUGUUGGAAAACCACCACUGGAGGUCAGCUAUUUCAUGUUUGAGGGAGACGGAGUUACUCAGCCAUCUUUCAAGAGAAGUUCGUGAUGAUGUGGAAUGUCAAAUUCGAUCGUUAAUUCUCGCUACAGACAUAACCCGCCAGCAGGAGUUCUUGUCAAGAUUUAAGAAAUACAUUGCAGAAAAUGCACUCGAUUUAUCGAAGAAAGAAAUUAGGCAUUUUAUUCUACAGAUAGGUUUGAAAUGUGCUGACCUGUGUAACCCUUGUCGUCCUUGGGAUAUAAGUCAACAGUGGAGCUACCAAGUUUGUAAGGAGUUUUACCGUCAAGGUGACAUAGAACGUGAGCUUAGUCUUCCCGUAACGCCCAUGUGUGAUCGUACCAGAACUUCUGUUGCUAGGAUACAGGUUGUUUCAGAUUUUUUUCGCUAUGUGGUGUCCCCUCUGUUUGAAAUUUGGGACCAGUUUUUGAACACUUCUCUAUCAAACCACCUAAUGAAAAACUUGAGAGAUAAUCAGGCCGAAUGGGAGGAAGGUAUAGAAAGAGAAUUAGCUGAUAAAGAAGAGACGAGUACAACGAUUGGAGCAGCUGCCAUGGCUAUGGAAGAAUAUGCUCCUCUGGCUUCUGAUGAAGAGGAUUUUGUGGAUGAAUGUGGAAGUUUUCUUGGUGAAAGCUUCUUUUUCGAUGAGGCGUUUGGGCCAUUUCAUCGCCGACGUUAUAGCAUGCCUGUAGAAAAUCAGCAGGUGCUUUUAAAAGGUAGAAAUCGUCAAUUCAGUGCCCCACAGGUUCUCCAGUAUCGGAGGAGAAGUAGUGUUGGACCUUCAUUAUCCAUAUCAUCUAGAAUACCUAGCCCUAAUCUGUACACGCCUUUUAAAAAACCUUCAGUAUCAAGACUUCUACAGACCAGGACAAGUAUACUUUCUCUUUCUACUGGUGUAGAUUCAUUGUUUCUACAGAGGCUUCAACAUUUAGCAGACGACUCAAAAGAACUGAAACCAGAACUAACGUUAGAAUGCUCACUCCAUUCUCACACUUUGGAAUCUGCUCAUCUUGAAACGGAACCCAGUGAAAACGUCAAAGAUGUUGACAGAACAACAGAUAUAGAACCAGAAAUCUUAGAAUAUCGAACGAGUGGGAGUAGAACAUCUGGGGUGAUUGUACAUAACCAAAUGUUCUAUCGGAGGACAAACAGUCCAUUGACAAAUAUAGCCUCCGAUACAUUGAAUGCUGAUGCCUAUGAUAAAUUUCAAGGGGAUGUGGGAGCUCAAAUAGACGAAAUGGGCGAUUCGGUUUUGGACUGCAGCAACGAGUGCUGUACCGUGUCACCCAGAUGCUAUUCAGAAGGAACGGAAAAUGCUCAACGAACUGAAUCUUUUAGACAAUCAACUUCUCAUUCAAUUCCGGAACAGCAGGAUAGCUCUGAAAGAACAGGUGCUCUUUCAGUAAUCCUCAUUAAAGAUAAAAGCUUAGCACAAUCCGAAAGUACUAUUAAUAAAUACAUUGACAAUGGCUCUACUCACGAUUCUAGUGCUACGUUGUUAGCAGAUGAAACUUGUGAUGUGAAUUUUUUUCUGGGAGAAGAAAACCCUGAAAAGGAACUCUGCGAACCCGGGAAACAAACUUCUUGGCGUACCCACAUAACCCGAAGUUUGUCUGACGAACGUCCAGAUAGUCCAAGUAAAGGCUGUGAUUCCCCUGUACCUUCUGUAGGGGGAUCAACAAAGAGUUCAACAUCAAGCAGUUCGCGACUAGUUUGUCGAAGAGGGUCGGCUCCCACUUCUAGUGUACAGAAGUUCAGUGACUCAUACGGGAAAAUGAAGGAUCAUUCAGUUUCUUCGGUCUUUAGUCGCCGCUGGUCUGUUCCAGCUGAACCUCUCUCAGGAGUCAGAGAUUCCGUGGCUUCAGAGUUUAGAAACAGUCAGGAUGAAAAUGUACGUUUACAGAAAGAACUGGUUCGACAUCACAGCUUUGGGUUGCUUGAGACUUUGUGCGUUGUUCCAUCAUCAGAGUCUGAAUAUGAAGGAUCCAGCACUGGUCCAACCAGCACGGGAACUACUUGCAGUACCAGAAGAAAUAGUUCGAUUCCUCCAGGAGUAGUUCGUCAUAGUUUUAGCAGUAGAGGAACCUUCGACACAGACAGUAACGAUCCAGAAGGUAGCUACAGCUCAGAAAAUCAAGACACGUUUCUUCCGUGUAUUCCACCAUCUAGACCUCAGUUGGCUAGAAGACGGGGUUCCCUACCAGCAGACGUGCCACUUUCUCUCAUGGGUCGCGUGCCAACUUCUGUCGAAACCCUUUGUCCAGGGCCGGGUUUUGGAUUAGAUCCUCUCCAAUAUUUGGAUAGCAAAAGUUCUUCAACAGUAUGUAGAAGAGAUUCAAUGGGUGAAAUUUUACAAGCUCUUCUACGUCCGACCAGUAGCCGUUUAACUUUCCACGGAUUGGGUGCAGGAUCUAGCAGACUGCAAAACACCAUUUCUCAGGGAAUAUUGAUCAAUCCAGAACAUACAACAACUCCAGGUCUUCCUCGACGAGGAUCGGCAGGUCUAGAUCUUUUCUCUGGAUUCUGGCGCUCAAUAAACAUAGAUAAAACUCAAGCAUCUCACACAACCAAGCAAAGGGUGAACCUUCCACAGCAGUCAUGUCCCCUGGGUUCUUCUGGGGACUCUGAAUGGUCUCCUCAGUAUUCGGCCACAGACACAUCUAGUCACAAAAUGCACAGGAUAAAUAGUUUUUCGGUAACCACAACCGAGUUAGUUAGUCCUCCAGGGAUACCUAACACUGUACGGUGCCAACGAAGACGAGGCUCAGUGCCAGUAAACGUCCCUCUUCUUUCAUUCAGCUCAGGUGAAACUUCUUCUGGAGACUAAAAAAAAGGACUAAUAUUCCAUAAUGGACUACGCUGUUGUGCUCAAAAUGUACUAAACUAGGUUAUGAAUGAACUUUGUGACAUACAUCCGAAACUAUGCAACAAGCCCACAAUAUUCGAGAACUUGUCAUGAAUCUCACAUUUGACUGAAAAUGUUUAUUUAUAAUAAUACCAGGUGGUAUGUAUGAGGGAGAAAGACAAGUUUCUGAUUAUCUGGUGGGAGUUGGGAGGUGCUACAAAUUAGUAUCCCUGGGAAAUGUAAUUUAUCAAAGUUCACGUCAUACAGAAUAAUUUCUUGAAAAGGUGUUAAUUGUUGUUUACUGUCAAAUUAUUGUUUUAAGUCCUUUAGCGAUGAAAAAUACCUCCAGUAUUAAUGUAUGUAGUUCUAGAAGGAUAUCAGGUAUGCAGAGGUGCUGUUUCUUUCGUCGAACUGAGUUAGAAGUGACACCACAUAGUAAAUACUUAGGUAGGACACUUGGGAACCUAACAUUUGAUAUCAUUUGCACACUGUGUUUCAUUUUACAGUGCCAUUGUUAAUGUCUGAACCACACUCUUGUCUAACUUUUGGAAAUAAUAUCCCGCACAGCAGAUAUUAUAAUAUAAACAAUAAAAACAUCAUAUGGGACCGAAAUAAAGAUUUAGUAAUUCGUAUUUGCAGUAUAUAUAUAUUCAGGUACGAAUAACAUAAAAGACACACUGGAUUACAGAACUAUUCUCUCCGAAAGAAACUAGCCACUGCCCCAUCAUUUUAGUACUGAAUUGUAUUGUAAUAUUCUUAUGAACGUCGUUGAUUUGUAGUGAUUCACAGAGAUCACUUCCCUGAAACAAACCGACAACUGAAAUGCUUUACAUUCAGGGAGAAAUUAUUUUUUCUUCUCAACUCAGAUUACCCGUUUCCAAUUUAAUUUAUGCUUGCCUAUGGAACGCAUUAUCCUACUUAAUUCAGUAAACUAACUGUUGUCACAUGGCGAACACAUCACCUUACACAGUUGAACACACGUGGAGAAAAUGUUACUUUAAAUGAAGAUCGUAGAUUGUAAUAAACAAUAGUUCAAGAUUUUAUAGUUAAAUGUUAAAUCGAAUUUUAGGACAAAAAUCAUACUUUACCCUUAAGAGAUCUAUGCUAUUUACGGUUUUAUUAUAAACCAAAAAAUUAUUUCAUGAUUCAUCAAUCAUUUUAUUCAUUACAUGCCUCUGAAAGUUCAAAGCUGUCUCCUCAUUACCAAAACAUUACAUUUCAUGAUAUUUUUAAGGUUAAAUUUUCUGCCACUGUAAUUAAUGAUAACAAUUGCCCCAUGCCAAAUAUUAUCAGUAUAUGGCAGAAUAAUAUAUGUUCUUUUAAUCUCUAAUAUUAUUUUAUCAAAUUUCAAAUUAUUAUCUUUAAGCUAAAAUUAUUCCACAAAAGGCUGUAACCUUAAGAAAUAAUUCAAUAUGUUAAUACGUUAAGCUGUGUUCAGUUCUGAGGUUUUAAGUUGUAUUAGUAAUUUCUCCAUUUCAUUCAAACAUCACUCUCAUAAACAUCACGUGACUCACUUUACCACAAGUAUAAUUUGACUUUACUCUUAACAUUUUUAAAAUGUCACGUGACUUGUUUUACCUCUAGGUAGUUUCCAUCUUUUCUCUAUUACUGUUGGAAACGCCACAAUGUUUGUUUUACAACUAGGUAGUUUUCAUCUUUUCUCUACACUGUUUAUUUUACCAAAACACACUUUUCAUAUUUUAUCUAUCAUUUUUACGAACAUCACAUUACUGAUUUUACCACUAAAUAGUUUUGUAUUUUCUCUACCACUCUUAGAAACGCACAUUACUUAUUUUACCAAUAAAUAGUUUUGAUCUUUGUUUCUUACAAAUACAUUUGCUUAUUUUACCAAUAAAUAAUUUUCGUAUUUUAUCUAUCACUUACAAACGCUAUAUUGCUUAUUUUACUACUAUAUAGUUAUAUUUUUCCUUAUCACUCUAAGCAUGGUAAAACUUAUUUGUUUUUAGAGAAAAAGAAAUAUAAUUUCCAAAGUUUUUGCAAAUACAAAUUCCGUGAACUUUUUAAAGUCUUGAAGAUCACUUUGCAACACUUAAAAUUUUCGACUCUUAUUGACAUCAUAAAGAAAGACCUUGGUGCCAUCUACCUAUUAAGUUAUUGCAUCAUUUCCUAUAAAUGUAGUAGCAGUUAAAAUAUUUUAUAAAGAGACUUGUGACAUAAAAUAAAACAAAAUUCGUUUUAUGAUUCUUUUAAUAACUAUUUUAAAUCCUUGUGUCUAUUGUACCUAUAUUUUGUAAGCUAUUAUACAAUUCAUCAUUUGUUGGUUUGUUUUUAAGCACAAAGCUACACAAUUAGCAAUUUGUGCUGUUCCCAUCACGGGAAUCGAAACCCGGUUUAUAGCGUUAUAAGCCUUCAGACUUACCUCUUAGACACUGAAGGGCUAUAUAUAAUUCAUCAAUCAGUCUUUUGGGAUGUUCUUCAUUCAAUUUAGCUGUUUUAGGUUCAAACUCUGCCUGGUAUAAUUUCUAGGUCCUGAAAGAUUCCAGUCGAUAGAAUAAUUUUCUUAUGCGCUACUGUUACAAUUAGAUUGUGUGACAAUGAAAAACAAUUAUAAAAUAUUGUUUUGUUAUUGAUGUGUGUGUGUGUGUGUGUUGUUAUUCAAACUACAAUCCAAAUAAAAUUGAGA